AUGCCAUUGAGAGAAGCUGACAUAUCCGCAACUCCGAUCGACGAUGGAUCUCUCACACCUAUGGAGGGCUCUUCCCGACUCCCCCAUCCCAAUCCCAACGAUCGAUCCAACCAACCUCGUUCGCCUCAACCGAAGUUAGUGUUGUUCGAUCCCCGAUCAGGCCAACAGGAGACUAUCGAGCUGGGGUCAAAUUCAGCUAGCAGUAUAAUGACUUUGGAAGAUUACAAAAGGUUGAAUAGGAGGACAACGGAGAGAGGUAUGAUCACUGGUUUAGUAGGUGGUGGUGUAUUAACAUAUCUGGUUAAGAGGUUCAUGCCUAGGACACCUUCUAGAAACGCACUUUCCUUGACUUUCUUAUUCUCCUCAGCUUUCAUAUCAUAUUCCACAUCACGAGGACUCCUCAUCUCCGAGAUUCUCAAAGUACGCGCCCAAGCGCGAGCCAACGCACUGGCCAACGGGGAAAUACAGGAUAACGCUCCUCCCUCCGAUCCGAUGUUCUCUGGAGUAGAUACUUUCGGUGGGAACUCACCUAGAGAUUUGAGAUCUCCAGAGUCAGAAGCGCGGGAUCAGAGUACGGGUAGAUACGUCCCUCCAGGCUAUAAUAGCGAUGGAGCAAGCGCAGGAGGUAUGAGAGGGAAUGUAAGAGAUGAAUUGGCUAAACUUGGUAGAUUACCGACCCCUCAGCCACAACGAACGAGAUUUCCCAAAGGAAGGGGAUUAGAGGGUGAAGUUGAGGAAGAGAAUGAGAUGAGAGAUCCGUAUGCUACGCCCGGUCAGCCAAGGUUGGGAUAG